UCCCAGUCUUCUGCUGGAUCACCGCUUCAGUUCUGGAAGACAUAAUGGGAUCACAAACAAGAGACGAGCUGCCAAAGACCCUGACUGAGAUGUACAUCCGCUUCCUGGUGGUUCAGUCCAAAGUAGGGAAUGUCAAGUAUCGUGGAGGAGCUGAGACGGAUCCAUUCUGGAACACCGAGACCAGCAAGAUCAUCAUGUCUCUAGGGAAACUGGCUUUUGAGCAACUGCAGACAGGCAACCUGAUCUUCUAUGAAUCCGACCUGAGAGAGUGUGGCAUCGAUAUUACAGCAGCUUCAGUCUACUCAGGGGUGUUCACGCAGAUCUUUAAAGAAGAGUGUGGGCUGUACCAGGAAAAGGUCUUCUGCUUUGUCCAUCUGAGCUUUCAGGAGUUUCUGGCUGCUCUGUAUGUCUACGUGCAGUUCAUCAACACUGGUGUCAACCUUCUGUCAGAGCCACAGCCCAGAUCCAGUUGGUGGUCUAAGCUAUUUAGAUUUACAUUAACUGAAAAAACUAUCUUCCAGAGUGCUGUGGACAAGGCCCUACAGAGUCCAAAUGGACACUUGGAUUUGUUCCUCCGCUUCCUCCUGGGUCUUUCACUGGAGACCAAUUACACUCUUCUACGAGGUCUGUUGAAACAGCCGGGAUGUGGCGCACAUACCAAUCACGAGACGCGGUACAUCAAGGAAAAGAUCCGGGAGAAUCCAUCUCCAGAGAGGUGCAUCAACCUGUUCCAUUGUCUGAACGAGCUCAAUGAUCAUUCUCUGGUGGAGGAGAUCCAACAGUACCUGAGUUCAGGAAGUCUCUCCACAGACAAACUCUCUCCGGCUCAGUGGUCAGCUCUGGCUUUCUUCUUACUGUCAUCAGAAAAAGACCUGGAUGUGUUUGACUUAAGGAAAUACUCUGCUUCAGAGGAGGCUCUUCUGAGG